AAUGGAAUGUCAGUCAAUAGAAAGUAGUCAAAUAGCAAGGAUGUCAGCCUCAGCCGAUAGUGUUUUUGUUUCUCGUUCUCACGGUAUCUCUGCUGAAGGUGUUCGUGAUCAAUAUGCUGAUGGGAAGGCAGCUAAAGUCUGGGAAAUUUUUAUUGGAGAUAAACGUUCUCGCACAGAUAACUACAAAAAAUUCUUAAUAGAUUUAUUGAAGGCGAAAGGAUGCAAGAGAUUGUUAGAUGUUGCUUGCGGAACGGGAGUCGACUCAAUAAUGCUUUUAGAAGAGGGUUUUGAAGUGGUCUCAGUAGAUGCAUCGGAUAAGAUGCUGAAGUAUGCCCUUAAGGAGCGCUGGAAUCGUCGCAAGGAACCAGCGUUUGACAAAUGGGUUAUUGAAGAAGCUAAUUGGUUGACUUUGUAUGAUGACAUUCAACAUGAAGUCAAGGAUGGAUUUGAUGCUGUCAUCUGUUUAGGUAACUCUUUUGCACACAUGAUGGAUUCGUUUGGUGAUCAGCGUGAACAAAAGACAGCAAUAAAUAAUUUCCGCAAGUGCUUGAAGGUCGGUGGAAUGCUUUUGAUCGAUCAUAGAAAUUAUGACAAUAUUCUCCAAAGUGGGUCAACACCAGCCAAGAGUUUAUAUUACAACACCGCCCACACCGCUGACAUAAAGACAUCCGUUCUCUUCUACUGUGGUAAACCAGCAUUGGUAGCAAUGGACUAUCAAAUCGAAGCCAAUAAUGAAAUCAGCGAAUUUCGUCUAUCAUAUUAUCCCCAUGAGUUAGCAAAAUUCACCAGUAUGCUGAAGGAAAUCUUCACUGACAAAGCUGAUCAUAAGAUUUACGGUGAUUUCAAAGACCUAAAUGUUAUUUCAAAACCCGCAUUUUAUAUUCAUCUAAUUGAAAAACUGAAAUGAAAUACUAAAUAUAAAUAAAGAAAAUCUUUACCAUA